AAUGAGUAGAGACGGUUUAAUUGGUGGGGGGCAAAAGGGGCAUAAUUAGUUUGUUUAAAGUAUAAGAGGUUAAUUUGUUGGAAAUGAGGAGACAUUGGCAUUUUAUGGUUAGGAAUGAAGGAAAUAUUUUAACUCUGAAAGCAUAAUUCAUAUAUAUUUAUCCAUAUGCCAUCCACGUGCAAAGAUCUGAGUUCAUUUAGGCCAAAAUCUCAGCAAAAGUAAGUUUUUUUGAAUAUAUUUUACUGAGUUUUAAGUUGGAUUUUACUUGACCUAAAUCUUAUCGUAACAGACUGUCAUAUAAUUGUAUAGGCUGAAGUUACUUUUGGCCAUUAUUUAUAACUGUAUCGUAUGUAUGAAUCGAUUGAUACGCUUUGUUUAAAGUAAAAAAGAAAUUGAGAGAGAUAGGAAGGAGAUUUGUAACGAUACAUUUUCUGAUAUAAACACUCUCAAUAUUUGUGUGUGCGUGUUUUUGUGUGUAGAUACAAAUAUCAUUAAUUCAAUCAACCUGUCAAUCGAUUGAUUAUUUCCCUAUAUUCAUAAGAUGGCAAUGAUUUUGGAAUACGCUAUAAAGUCUUUAAGUAACGUCAGGGAGAAACUUCUUACGUUACUGACAAAUUUACAGGCCGCACAGAAAAACGGUCGUGAUGAAUACUUUAAGGAGAGGGACGGUUUAAACACUUCGAUUCUAGUCAUUCAAAGUUUGUUGGUAGAGGCAAAGGAUAAAUUUAAAAGAAUGAAUGAACACAAUGGCCAGGAUGAAAAUGGAUCUAGCAAGACAAAACUAAAUAAUAACAAUAAUAACAGUAGUAAUAGUAAUAAUAAUAAUAAUAAUAAAGAGUACGAAUCGUUAAAGAGGAAGAAAAGUUUUAAAGCUUGUAAGAGAUGCGAAGAAUUGAAAAGUCAAAUAGAAACUUUAACGGAUGCUUUCAAAGACGAAAAGAGAAAUUUGAGAUUGGAUAAAAUUAAUCUUAUGCACGAAGUUAGAAAAUUAAGGAAAUCUCAGAUGGAAAGGGAAAUCUUUGUUGAGAAUUUCUGCCGUCAAUACGAACAGAAAAUGAUUAAAUUUGAUGAAACUCUUUUGGAAACUAUUCGCGAAAAGAAGAAUUUGGAAAUUCUCAAUUCAGAAUUGAAAAAAGAAAAGGAGAAUCUCGCUAAAAAAAUCGAUACUAGCAGACAACAAUUAAUGCUUGCAAAUUCGAGAAUUUUACUAUUGGAAAGGGAACGAACUACGUCGACCAAAAAGAAAAAAGGACAGACGAGAGCUCAUUCGGCGAGCAAUUUAAGCCCCUUGGACCGUCAUCUAAUCAUUUCUGAGCCUAUUGAAUCGCUGAUUAAUAGGAAUAUAAACGGAAAGCCAAUUUCCUCCGAAAGCUUACAUUCUUUCAAAAAUCGAGACAAAGACGUCCAAAAUGAGGAGAGUUUAAAAGCUACAGAUGGAGCCACCGAUAAGAUUGAUCGUAAACGAAUGGAAGAGGAUCAAGUUCGGCAAGUGGUAGACACUUGGCAAAAAUUGAGUAAGAAGAGGACGAGCUUUUCAAAUAUUUCCAAGUUUUUCGGUAGAAAUCGAAAUAGUAGAAGCGAUUUGAGAAAGACGAAAAGUCUUCGAGAUUUUACAGUCGAUGAAGUCGCCGCCUGGUUUGAUCAAUUUUUAGGUAUGGCUUGCUAUAAAGAGGAGAUAAAAGAUAGCGUUUGCGAUGGAAAGAUGCUUUUGGGUGUUGAUACUUCGGCGUUGAGUUCAAUCAUUAAGUUCAAGUCACCUUUACAUUGUAGAAAAGUAAAAAUCGCUUUGGAAAGAUACAGAAACGAUACCUCGAAUCCGUAUUCUUUAACGGAUUACAUAGACAACUAUUGGGUAUCGACUACGUUCCUGGAACACGUUGGACUUACUAGAUACGCAAAUAAAUUUACUGAACAAUUGAUUGACGGUCCAGUUUUAUUAUCAUUAGUCGAAAGAGAUUUGGAAGAGUUUUUAGAAAUAAACGAAUCUUUCCAUAAAAUUAGUAUCAUUUGUGGUAUAGCAAUGAUGAAAAUUCUCUCAAUGAAUAAGAACUUGUUGGAAGAGAGGCAGAAAAAGUGCGAGACUAUUGACGAAGAUUUAUUGGUUUGGAGCAAUUAUCGUGUUCGAAAGUGGUUAGAUAGUAUAAAUCUUCAACAAUAUUCGGAUAAAAUUGUAGAUAGUGGUAUACACGGUGCAGUUUUCCUCCUUGACGAACACUUCCAAGCUGAAUAUUUAGUGGAAAAAUUAGCUAUUAGUCAGAGAAGUUUGAGGAAACACCUGUCGGAGCGCUUUGAAGUUCUUACGAGAUCUGCCAGACCCACUAGUGCGAUUUUUAGUGAUUCGACGAACGAAAGAAGAAGCUCUGCAAAUUCUUGGAAAGAUUCUCUUGGAAGGAUUUUAAGAGGAAGAUCGAGAAGUAGAUCAGACGCUUUUAAUUGAAAACUUUCAUUUUUUUUUUGACAAGCAAAUUUUAUUGACAUAUACAAAAUAUUUACAGAGCAUAUGAUGAAUGUUCAUGCAGUGUAGGCGACAUAUAUAAAAAUAUAAAAUAUAUUUGCAUGCAUUAAAUAUAUACAUAUAUGUAUAUAUAUAAGAUCUAUGGAAAAUGCAUAUAGAAUUUUAGCAUAAACUCUUACAGCAUAGCUUGGAUGUAUGCAUAUAUACAUACUGAUAGUCGUUUUUAUAAAAGUACGUACUGUUCAUACAGUAUGUAUAUUAAGGAAACAAAUAUAUUUUUGUAUUAGUAUUAUGUCUACAACUACGAAGAAUUUGCACAAUUAUUAAACUUUUAUCGUUCAUUGUUUCUUACAUUUCUCCUUUUUCUAUUUAUUUUAACAUUUUUCUUUUAAAAAAAAAAAAAACAAUAAAAGAAAAGUGAGAAAACCUUAAAUUAUAAUUCAAACAAAUAAAAAAAAAGGAAAAACAAACAAACAAACAAACAACGAAAAAAUACUGAAAAGUAUAACAUAUAAUAUCACAUUCUGUGCUCUUUUUCAUUAUUUUAAGUACGAAAAGGGAAGGAAACAAAUGUUUUUUCCCUUUUUUCUCAUACUUAUUCACCUUUGACGGAGACGAUAUUAUUCAAAGCAAAAAAUUGGCACAUGGAAAAAAAAUUACAAUACACCCUUUUCAUUUUCCUCCGACUGACUAAAUGAAACGUGGAAACUGUUUCUUUUUAUUUUGUUUUUUUCUCAAUUAAUUUUUAUUUUUUUGUUAUUUUUUCCUCUUUUAAUAAAGAUUUUGGACGGAUAUUCAAUUCUUUCCAUUAUGUAAAAUAUAUAUAAAGAUAUUCCACCUCUAGAUAAAUAUUCAAAAAUAUAUUAUUAUUAUUAUUAAUAUUAAUUGUGUUCAUUAGUCAAUUUUUACGAAUAGAUUAUGUAGUGUUGUUUUAUGAUGCUACUGCUACAAAAAACAAUUCAAAAUUUGCUCAAAUUGUCAUAUUUUACAAAUAAAGGAAAAAGGUAUAAAAAGGAAAACAAAAAACAAAACUGCACAUUUUAAUACAUCUUAUAUUAUCAUACAAUAUAUGACAGAAACAUAUUGUGUAAUGCGUGACGUAACAAUGCUGUUGGACAGAUUGCAGGUAUGUGCUUGUUCUUCAUAAAACUAAAAAACAAACAGAGAAAAACAAACAAAUAAACGUUUCGUUCGAUUGGUCCGCUUUCACCAGCCUAGAAUUAUUCUUGUUACUCAUUAUUAGGUCAGCGUAUUUUAGAAAAAAUAACAAUCGUGUUGAUAUGAUUUAUUUUUUCUGAAAUGGUGUGCUUUCCUAAUAAAAAGCAAUAAGAUUUUUCUCUCUUUAUAUAUAUACUGUAUAUGCUUUUAAUACAAUUUAAUAUAUAACAACCUGGAUAAAUGAGGCACUAAAUAUUUUCAAUUUUGCAUAUGUUAAUUAAUAAAUUACAUUGACGAUACAUAUGUGUACCUGUAAAAUUUGGAUUUAUUCCUAUGUACAAAGAUGAUAUGAUUGUAGAUUGUUAUAUGUAUAAAAUGGACGUUAUGCAACUGUAUCUCGUAAAAGUAGAGAGUAGAAUAGAUGUUUAGAAUAGAAAAUAACGAUUAUAUACUAUACAAAUAUAUAUAUGUAUAUUUAAAGAAUUUAGUGUUAUACGCUACAAAUUCUCUUUCCCUCCUUACAGGCGAAAAGUUUCAAUUCUUUCUUAUUUUCCUCGAAAUUACUUUGAUUGCAUUUUUCAAAAUGAUUAUUAAGAAAGAACUUGAACAAACAAAGAAAGAAGACAGCAAGGAGAAAAAGUUAAUGUCAUUCGUUUCAUUCCUUUUUUUUUUCACUUUAAAAGAAAAAAGACGAAGAAAAGGAAGAAUAUACACAGGGAUGACAAAGGAUAAAGUACACCAAUUUUAUCCUAUAAAAGUCUAUAAUCGUUAAUUAAUUAUAAAGCCGUCUGAUGCACGUAGAUAUGUCCGUCGAAAGCAGCCGUAAAUAGUAUUUCCUUACUGCAGUAAAGGUGUGUUAAGUAAGUAAUGGCGAUAGAAUUCAUUUGACGGUAAAACUCUCAUUAAUUGCAUUAUAGGAGCAUGAAAAUAUAUACUGUAUACAUAUAUAUGUACAUAUACAUGUAUAUAUUAAUAUAUAUCUAUAUACGGUAUAUAUAAUUUACUUAGGGUGUGUAUUUCGUAAUUCCCUAUAUGAGAAUAGAGUUUUGGCAAACUUCCAGAAAAACAUUGUACCUUAUUGUAUCUGCCUUAGCUAAUGAUAUGCUAUUUUCUAAUAUUAUCCUAACCCCCAGCAAUUUCUUUUUUUUUUUUUGAGAGAAUUCUACAAGAUUUUAAGUACGGAAAUGUUUCUUCUAGAAAAAAGUCACUCUAAAUUAAAUAGAGAGUAUUGUAACAUCAAUGUGGACAGGCAGAUUGGGGGGGGGGGAGAGAGAGGGAAUAAACUAAGGAAAUGAAACAAUAUAUAUAUAUAUAUAAACUGCUAUAUAAAUAGCCUACGUUUUUAAUCUUAUCAAGAAAAGAUAUGAGUCAUAAGGAAAACAGAAAUAUUUUCUGAUUAUUCAUUCUCUGUCGUAACUUGCGUUAUUGGUUUCAUAAAUAAAUAAAGCUUGUUUUAUCUUAAUUUAUUUUUUGUUUUACUUUACAGUCCUAAUACACACUCCACUACUACUGAACAGAUGAUGUUGAAUGAUUGAAAAAAAACGCGCGUCACGCAUUAUUGAUUACUUUUGCCCCUAAAUUAUUCUCGGCUGCUUUAAUGAGACAUGUUUUUCACCCAGGUAUAUUUUUCGAAGGGAGCUGUGCAUUUCCAUGGAAACGCCGUGGUAAAGAUGAAACGGAAAUACCUGUUCCCUUAUUUCCCUGAUACAUACAGCCUGCGAGUAUGCUUAAUAUGCGUAUACAACACAUUUAUACGUAGAAAGGUGUUAUGGAACAAAGAUAUAUAUAUAUAUAUAUAUAUUUAUAAACAGUGUA